AUGGAUCAGUUCUCACAAUCAUUUGAAAUUCCAGAGGAGAAACAUCACGAUCAUUCUCCCCCAUCAAGUACACCAAUUAUGAAUUCCAUUGAGGAAGAGGAAAAUACGCUUGAGCCUCCGAAUUUUCCACAACCCCCUGGUUUUCAUACGCCUCUAGCUAAAAGCGAACCAGGCUUCAAUAGUGCUAGUAGUAGUGCUCAGAAAUCCGGAUUACAAUCACCAAUCCUGCCGCAACCUCCACAAGCAUUUUACGCCUCUUAUGAAGGUAACAAUUCCAGUUCAAGUUUAAUUUACAAUCCAUCAUUUACAUUUGGUAAUGUCAAUACCGGCUCCCCAACACCGGCUCAAGCACCUCAGACACCCCAGCAACAACAAUUGCGACCCCCAACCCUUACAGGAAGUCAAAGUAGUGCUACGAAACAAUCAAAUAGACAAUCUAGAUAUAUUCCAGGUCCAAAAUUAGCACCCCCAACUACACGUACUAGAUCUCCAACGAGAUCGAGCUCGCCUGAUGCUAGACUGAAGAGAAGUAGUCGACCAAGUUCUGCUCUUUUCGAAGCUCCAUUUAAUUUAGCACCUCCUCCAUCGAUGCAAUCUCCACCGCCAUCUGCAUCCUCUUCGAAUACCAGAACCAUGUUUCGUAAAGGUCAUCGCUACAAACAUUCGUCAGUUUCAAUGAAUUUUUUCCAAGAACCUGAAGUCAAAAUUCCAUUAAGCAUUGCCAAAUCAUUACCGAUUCCUGAUUUGAACGAUCUAAUUAAGAAUUUUUCAUGGCCAAGAGCCCAUUUCCAACUUUUUUUAACGUUUAUUCAACUUUGCAUGUGUCUCCUCGUCUUCCAACUGGGCCACCAUAAUUCCUGGAGUAAUUUUGGUACACUCUCACAUUUUAUCGCCUACGAUGUCAUUGGUUCUAUUGCAAUCAUAUUUGUAGAGAACUUAUCACAAUUUGAAGUCUGGUAUACAGGUACAAUUACUUACCCAUUUGGUUUGAAUAGAAUCGAAGUUUUAAUCAGUUUUUCAUUAGCGGUUUCACUAUGCUUUGUGGGGUUAGAUUUGCUAUUCCAUAUAGUGGAAGAAUGUAUUGUCUUAUUUGUCGAGUUGGACAAUAAGAAUCAUGAAGAAAUUGCAUCUCAAAUACCUCAUUCUCAUCAUGGCGCUAACAAUCAUUUCUCACAGGAUAGUAAUUUUGCCCUAUGGUAUCCUGUGCUAACCAUCAAUUUACUGAUUUCAGCGGUUUCGCUUUACAAGAUUUUUUAUGCAAACAAGUAUUCCAAGCUUAAGACUAAAAAUCCAAUUAUCACAAUCACUUAUACCUUAUACCUGUUGCUCUAUCCUUCCUUAGUGGGUUACCUUUCUGCAAUUUCAGAUUACUUAGCGGCAGCCUUCAUUGCAGCUAUCAUUCUAUUCCAUGGGAUGACCAUUGCAGAAUGGACAUCAACUAUCUUAUUGCUGGGAUUUUCAACGACUACUUUGCCCAAACCUCAUUUUCUAGGUGAUACUUUGGGGGAAAGCUCGCAACAGGAAGACCAACUAGAUACAAUGGUUAGGAAAAGAUCUGUGAGUGGAAUUUCACUUGCAGAAAACAACACUUUACUACAAAAGCGUAAUCGUUCUUGGUUUCCGUGGACAGGCUCCUCUAAAAUAGGUCCAAAUGAUGAUACAACGGUAUUAAAAUCAAUGAUGAAAGAAGAGAUUGAAAAAUUACCUGAAUUUUUGACAAAGUGUAGCCUGCAUUAUGACAAAUUUUUCGUUGCCAAAGUAAGUUUCAAUUUGUAUGUUGUUUUAGUGAAUGUUACUCUGAGAGGUGGUUCAGAUUCUGACGAAUUAAACUUACGUUUGGCUGUUGAUAAAUGCAUACAACGUAUUCUACCAAACGCCGAGACGACGGUUGAAAUCGAUAGAAUAUGA